AUGGAGAAAAUAACCAUGGAGAAAACACAAAACGGAAACGGACGGACCGAUGCAGGCCUGAGGAGCUUGAAUCACUACCAGCAUCGGCUGCCAAAAUGGCGUUACUGGCCUCGACAGAAGAUCCUCCCCCUUAUACGAUAUGAAACCCCGUACUUGGCCUGGCUGCAGGAGAAGAUGCGCACGCCUACGCUGGACUCGUAUUUCGCUUUCACCGCCAACCUCGGCACCCAUACUUUUUUCACCAUCUUCCUGCCCAUUCUGUUCUGGUCCGGAUAUUCGACGUUGGGACGCGGAAUGCUCAACGUCCUGGCCGCCGGCGUGUUCUGGAGCGGCUUCGUCAAGGAUCUCCUGUGUCUUCCUCGCCCAUUGUCCCCCCCUCUACAGCGCAUCACAAUGUCCGGAUCCGCCGCCUUGGAGUACGGAUUUCCCUCGACGCAUUCCACCAACGCCAUCUCUGUCGCCAUUUACGCCAUUGCCCUCCUGCGGUCUACCGAGAAUACGAUGAGCCCGGUUGUUAACAUUGCAGCCCAAGGGGCGCUGUACCUCUACGCCGUGUCUAUAAUCAUUGGCCGGCUGUACUGUGGAAUGCAUGGGUUUAUGGAUGUCGUAAUCGGUUCUGGCAUGGGCGCCUUGAUUGCCUGGGUGCAGUGCCAGUAUGGCCUCUUGUUCGACACCUGGAUUAUUGCCGCCACUGGCAAGCAGAUCCUUCUGGUAAUUUUGAUUGUCCUGGCGCUGGUCCGACUCCAUCCCGAACCAGCGGACGACUGUCCUUGCUAUGAUGACAGUGUCUCUUUUGCCGGGGUCUUCAUCGGAGCCCAGAUAGCUUCGUGGGAUUUUGCGCAGUCUUCUCUGGCUUGGCCCGAACCGAGCCCCGACACAAUUCCAUACCGAUUGGCAACUGUUGGAUGGCCCAGGACGAUCCUGCGUAUUGUCAUUGGUGUUUUGGCCGUCUUUGCGUGGCGAGAGGUCAUGAAGCCUCUUUUGCUGCGAAUCCUGCCUCCCGUCUUCAGAGGCCUCUCCAAAGCCGGUCUCCUUCUUCCUCGGCGCUUUUUCACCCAAGCUUCGGAUUAUGAGAAGGUGCCCCAGCUGCUCAAAGACAACGACGUUAUUCCUAGCGUGUCCGACAUCCCCUCCUUAUUCACAUCGAUAAGACAUCCACGUCGACGAGCGAUCUCGGUCGGACCGCAGUCUGAAGCCGAUGCGUACGAGACGCUGGCCUACCGAGAAAAGCGCCGUCGCGAAAGCAUUGGUGAACAGUCACAGCACCUGACUGUUGAAGGCUCCGUCCUAACGAAUCGCGCCCCAUCCAAACUCGAGAAGUACGAAAACAUGAUGGGAACCGGCAGUCCCCGACGAAGCCCCGAGACUCUUGCACCGCCCAGCACCGACACAGGUCCUGAUGUGAUGCCAGCGCCACGCCAGGCUACCGACGACAACGAUUCGGACGAGCAGGAAAUAAUGUUUGCAAUGAUUAAAAAGCCCCGUGUCCGUUACGACGUCGAAGUUGUUACGAAACUCAUUGUAUAUAUCGGUAUCGCUGUUAUCGUUAUAGACUUUUCGCCUUACGUUUUCGACAGUCUUGGUCUGGCACCUUGA